CAACAUUCCUGCCUUCGGCGCCGUCUAACCGGUCGAAAUCUUACCCGGUUCAUCAAACGGUACCCAAUUCGCAAGAAUUUCAGACAACCUUAAAACCCUUCUCUUAAACCCUUCGAAAAGCACAAAAAGAAGCAAACACUUUUCCCCAUUGAAUUGCAGCACAAUGGGCAACCAACGAUUUGGCAGAAAACGAGGCAUGAAUAGAAGAGUUGAACAGAAACCUUUUACAAAGAACCCGAAUAUGAAGAAGAAGAAGAAUGGUCGAUUUGGAAGAGAAGAAAAGCUCAAUAGAAGCCCCUCUCCAAGUGUCUCAGAUGAUUCAGGAGAAGAAAACUCGGAGAUAGAAGAAUUUGAUGCACAAAAGGAACAAGAAGAAGAAGAAGCUUUGAAUUGUAAGGAGCCAACAAUGUAUGACAGUUUGUUGGAGUCAUUGAGGACAAAACGAGAAGAAUAUAACACAGACUCAGAAGAAAAUGAAGAUGAUGUUGAGCAAGCUCAUGGUGCGUCUGAUGAUGAAAAUGAAGGCAGUGAUAGUGAGGCUUCUAGACUUAGCGAACCUGGUGCUAGUCUAAAUGGAGGUGGUCUGGGUAACCCCGUGGGACAGAUUGGAGGUACCGAAACUGACGACGAUGAUUCGGAGGCCUCUGGUUCAGAUGAAGAACAUGAAUUGAGAGUAAAUGGUCAACCUACCAAAGGGGCUUGUGCAAGCACGAGCUCAUUUCACUCUCAUUUGGAUCACAAGUUAUCCAAAGAAGAGGUUGACAUGCUACAGAAAAAGAAAUGGACUUACAAAUGGGUGGUAGCCAUGUCAAAUUGCAAGUGGAGAGGGACAGGCGAGUGUUUUCUGAAGGAGCUAGACGGCUUCUUAUUUCAUGGCUUGAAGCCGGCACUAUACAAGCAUUGGUUAGGUAUCUAUGAGAAGGCUGGAGGCUCCGAUUUUGAUUCAUCAAAACAGAGAUUAUUUUUCUCCCUCUGCAACAGCUACCGGGAUAUUUUGCACCACAACAAGAAACCCUUCUAUCUCAAAGGUCUAGAAGAAGAUUCAAGUACCAUGGAUGCUUAUGUUAUGCAUUCUCUUAAUCAUAUAUUCAGAACUAGGGAUCUUGUAAAGAAGAGCGAGGCGAAAAUAACUAAGCUUCCGGAGAGUGUGAAAGCAGAUACCCUUACUAAUGAAGCUUUUCUUGACCGUGGGUUUACUCGCCCCAAGGUUCUGAUCAUUCUCCCUCUAGCAAGUGUUGCAUUUCGAGUAGUCAAGCGGCUGAUUGAUUUGACACCUCCUAAAUACAAGUCUAAUGUAGAGGAGCGUGAACGUUUCUAUAGAGAAUUCGGGGCCGGAGUAAGCGAAGAUAGGGAGGAUGAAGAUGCCGUCGAAAGCUCUGAAUCAAAGAAGAUCUCAAAACCAUCUGAUUUUCAAGCAUUAUUUGGGGGAAAUAACAAUGAUCACUUCAUGCUAGGAAUUAAGUUCACUAGGAGGAGCAUAAAGUUGUAUGGUGACUUUUACUCGUCAGACAUGAUUGUUGCUUCCCCUCUUGGCCUAAUCACUAAAAUUGGGGAGGCAGAAAUGUUUAAGGAAAAAAAUGUUGAUUAUCUUUCUUCUAUAGAGGUUCUAAUUGUUGACCACGCAGAUGUCAUAUUGAUGCAGAAUUGGUCACACGUGAAUACAAUUGUUGAACAAUUAAAUCGGAUACCCUGCGAGCAGCAUGGAACAGAUAUUAUGCGCAUUAGGCAGUGGUAUUUAGACGGUCAAGCACCAUUCUACCGCCAAUCCAUAAUCUUAUCUUCUCAUAUAAAUCCAGACAUCAAUGGUUUAUUCAACCAUCAUUGCCUCAACCAUGAAGGAAAGGUUAAAUUGGCAAGCGAGUAUAAAGGUGUUUUACCAAAGGUAGUACUUCAAAUACGGCAGAUUUAUGAGCGUUUUGAUGCGAAAACUGCAGAAGAUGCUGAUGAUGCUCGGUUUGAUUAUUUCACAAAAAAGGUGUUCCCCAAGAUAAAGGAUUCCAUUCAGGGUGGUAUAAUGCUAUUUAUUAGCUCUUACUUUGAGUUCAUUCAAGUAAGGAACUUCUUGAAGUCACAAGAGGCAUCCUGUUGUCUGUUGGGGGAGUACACUGAGCAGAGUGAUAUAUCUCGUGCACGAGUGUGGUUUUUCAACGGAACAAAAAAAAUUAUGCUUUACACAGAAAGAGCUCACUUCUAUCAUCGAUACAAGAUACGUGGCAUGCAGAACUUGAUCAUUUAUUCACUUCCAGAGAGGAAAGAAUUUUACCCAGAGGUUGUAAACAUGCUACAAGGGUCUGCUUGCACUGUUCUAUUUUCUCGUUUUGACCAGCUUCGGCUUGAGAGGAUUGUUGGCACUGCUGCUGCAAAAAGGAUGAUCACUUCGGACAAGGGUGUUUUUGUCUUCUGUUAAAAGGUGAAGUCGCAAAAUAAUCAACAGAAGUGUUUGGCCAAGGAAAAGUCCUGCUCUCAAAAGGGUCAACUGUUUGUGCAGCUCAGCCAAUUGGUUCAUGCCUUUACUUAUGCAAAGAAAAGAGAGGAUAAAGAUGCUUCUUGUCUUCAAAUCGGAGAUCCUAUUAACAUGUAUUUUGAGCAAUGUUGCUUAAUCGAUUUUUUUCUUCUUUUAAAAGUAAAAUUGGAUAUUGAUAACACUAUUCAAAUUUUCAGAAACACAAAAAAUGAAUUUAUUCGUUUCAAAUGUUCUC